AUGGAACAGAUGCAGUCCAAUUGGUGUCAGACGAACAAGUAUUUAAAAGUGUUUCUCUUAAAGUUUGUACUUCUAAUGGCAUUUCUGGCCUUUGUAAGAUGUGAAGUAGAGGUUAGACGUAAAGCACCAUACGCCCCUGCUGGUUGGCAUCCACGAAUUCCAUUUAAUUUGCCCAACCAGUAUGUGCCUCCUGUACGUUCAAGUCAGGAAGUAGAGAUCACAAAGGCACGAGUGGACCAAAUCAAUCCAGUGGAUAAGCCUGAAUCUAACUAUCUGUCACCGCAACAACUGGAUAUUCCCGAGGAACAGAUUCUGCCCAACUCUCGCCCUGCCAACCAGUAUGGUCCACCAGAUCCUCAAUUCAAAAUAAUCUAUCCCGACGAUGAAGAGCCAGUUAUUCAAAAGGAUUCUGUAGACAGUCAGCAGCCUAAAAUCAGAGAAGGUCGUUACUUCGUCAUCUCACAGGAUAAUAAACUGCAGAGAGUUACUUUCAGCUCUCAGCAAAAUGGAGACAAUAAUGAUGAUUUUACGGCUCAAUUGACUUACUCAACUGUGGGACAGCUUAAGGAUCCGGUUUAUCGAUACAACAACCAGGGACAUUUGGAGAGGAUCUUGAAGUAG